UUUAAUAAUCAGGAAGUUAGUUUCAGACAGUUUAAAAUACGAACAUGGCGAUGGACGUGAAAUCAAGAUCCAAGCGUUAUGAAAAACUGGCAUUUCUUGGAGAGGGACAGUUUGCCACGGUCUACAAAGCCAGAGAUAAAACAACAAAUGCCAUAGUAGCAAUCAAAAAAAUCAAAGUUGGCCAUAGAACAGAAGCAAAAGAUGGCAUUAACCGGACAGCCCUUCGAGAGAUUAAGCUGUUGCAGGAAUUGAGUCACCCAAACAUUAUAGGUCUAUUAGAUGCUUUUGGACACAAGUCUAACAUCAGUUUGGUGUUUGAUUACAUGGAAACAGAUCUGGAGGUGAUUAUAAAAGACACUAGCCUUGUAUUAACCCCGGCCAACAUUAAAGCCUACAUACUGAUGACACUUCAGGGAUUGGAGUACAUGCACCGGCACUGGAUCUUACACAGGGAUUUAAAGCCAAAUAACUUGUUGCUAGAUGAAAAUGGGAUCCUGAAACUGGCUGACUUUGGAUUGGCAAAAGCUUUUGGAAGUCCAAACAGGGUCUACACACAUCAAGUUGUUACACGGUGGUACCGUGCUCCUGAGCUUCUCUUUGGCGCCAGGAUGUAUGGAGUUGGCGUGGAUAUGUGGGCAGUGGGCUGUAUACUUGCUGAGUUGCUUCUCAGGUUGCCAUUCUUAGCAGGAGACUCAGACCUAGAUCAGCUGACAAAAAUAUUUGAAGCUUUGGGAACACCAACAGAAGAAACAUGGCCGGGGAUGACCAACCUCCCUGACUACGUGUCAUUUAAGUUAUUCCCUGGAACUCCCCUUGAGCAUAUAUUCAGCGCAGCUGGGGAUGACCUUCUGGAGCUACUGCAGGGAUUAUUCACCUUUAACCCCUCUACCCGGCUCACAGCGACACAGGCCCUUAAGAUGAGGUAUUUCAGCAACAGGCCGGGACCAACCCCGGGACCUCAGCUUCCACGGCCAAAUUGCUCAACAGAAGUUUUAAAAGAAAAGGAGAACCUCGUUUUAGGGACCAAACGAAAGCGUGAUGCCAUAUCUGAGGGGACUGUGUCCAAGAAAUUGGUUUUUUGAGUGAGACAGUGGAACAGAUAGCCCAGUGUCUGUGGCAGAGGCUCAAGACACAUUUCCACGAUUAUGUUCCUUGGUUUGGGGAAUUCAGGAGCCUCUACACAAAAGUUUAAUGACUGAGCCUGUAAAAUGGAAUGUGAAGUGUGUUGGUCUGCUGGAACGAGUGGUGAUGUGUAUUUUUGUUUAUUAUUUUAUUUUUGUAGAUGUUUUGUAUAUGCUUUGCAUAAUUAAAUUAUGGCUAAUUUGU